CUCACAGUCACACAGAUGGAGAGACAUAUACAGACAGAGCAGCUCAGGUAGCAGCCCUGAACCCUGGAGUAUACUACACAGUUACGCUGUUGUUCCCUACACACAGACAGGAAAGAGAAAAAGAGUGUGAAAGAGGGGGAUAGUGCUCAUCUACUGGAAAGGAGGGGCAGGGGAGAGUACUUUUCUGUACUUUUCCCAGAAACACGUGGAUGGAACCCACAGGCUGAUCUUAUGAUGUGGGUCGCUCUUUGACCGGACUGUGUGGACACGGGUAGCAAAACAGUGAUGACUCGAGACAUACUUGUCUCAACAAUACAGUCACAGUAGAGAGCGGAGGAGAUGAAAUUCAACGAAAUACCAACAUUUCUCAAAGGAGCCCAUGUCUCCAGUUGGGUCAAUAUGAUGGAACUCAUGCACUCCCAAAUCAUUUGGAAUAAUUGUGAAAGUAGAAGCCUCUCAAAGGCAACUACCUAUUGGACUUGACAAAAAAACGGGGUGAGGGCAGGAAGGAUCGCAGAAUGUUUAUGAAUUUCAGAAGGAUCAGAAGAUGUCAAUGUGUGCAGCUGGUGACGACAGGCUUUGUCCUGUCUGUGUUGAUGGUUUGCUGGGAGCAGCUGGACCACCAUGUGGAGAACCGCUACUUGGUCAACAGCUAUGACUUCAUCAACAAGAGCUUUGGCAUCAGCCAGCAGGAGUCGGAAAGCCUGAGCAACUUCCUGUACCUCAUCAACCACCAUGACAAGUGUAACAGCAAUGAAGUGCUGCUGCUGCUGUUUGUCAAAUCUUCCCCAGAGAACCUGGAGAGGAGACAGGCCAUCCGGGCCACCUGGGGGAAUGAGAACUACAUCCAAAAGGAGCUGGGGGCCACCGUGAGGGUGGUGUUUGCCCUGGGGGUCUACUCCAACCCCCAGCAGAGGGGCAGUGUGCAGAGAGGGCUGCUGGGGGAGGACCAGGUCUAUGGGGACCUGGUCCAGCAGGACUUUGUGGACACCUUUCACAACCUCACCAUCAAACUGCUGCUGCAGUUCCGCUGGAGACACACCUACUGCAGCAAAGCACGCUUCCUCAUGUCAGCCGACGACGACAUCUUUGUCCACAUGCCCAACCUGGUGCACUACCUGCAGGGCCUGAUCCAGCAGGGGGCCCGGGACCUCUGGGUGGGCCACGUGCACAGGGGAGCCCCCCCUAUCCGCCAGAAGGACAGCAAGUACCACGUGCCUUAUGAGAUGUACCAGUGGCCCUCCUACCCAGACUACACCGCGGGGGCAGGGUAUGUAGUCUCAAGGGACGUGGCUGCCAAAAUCUACCAGGCAACUCUGUUCCUCAAUGCCUCGCUGUACAUUGACGAUGUGUUCAUGGGCAUCUGUGCCAACGCCAUGGGGGUGUCUCCCCAAGAACAUGUUUACUUUUCAGGGGAAGGGAAGGCCCCCUAUCACCCCUGCAUCUAUGAUAAGAUGAUCACCUCUCACGGACAUGUGGCAGACGUCCGCUACCUGUGGAAGGCAGCUAUGGACCCACAGAUUCAUGACAUUUCCUCUGGCCAGGUGGGAAAGCUGUACUGCACAGCAGUGAAAAUCAUGCUCCUCUGUAAACCUUACUAUUUAAAUACCUAUCCAUGCAAGGCAGCCUUUUCAUAGUGUACUGUUAGGCUGCACAGAAUGUCACUGCAGUCUUUUUCAUUUAUAUUUCAGUGUCUGCAGCUGGUAUCAUUUUCAAAAUGAAGACCAAAGGCAUGUUCUUGACCAUAUAUUCACCAUACCUGCCUUGGCUUGAUGGAUACUGCAGUUGUACUUUGUGGUUUAGCUAAUUGUGUGAUGUAAACAGACGUUACAGAGUUCAUGUUUUGGCUGCAGUCAAUAAGUCAAAAGUGAAAAAUCCUUCAAAUUAAAUUUUGCUAGCAGUGUUUUUAUUCAGUUUACCAUUGCUCAUUAUCUGUAUCAUACACAUUUUAUAAUCCCUCUUCUCUCUACAGAGCUAACGCUAUGUCUUCCCCUGUUUCACUUCUCCUAAAAUGUCAAGCUGCAAACCAGGAGUAGACAAGGGAAUUUCCCAAAACAAUCUGCUUCAAACCACAUCCUGCUCACUAAAUCAUUCCAUAUGAACUCUGCUCCCCCAUCUCUCCCGUCUUUGUCUGGGUCCCCCAAAAAGGCAACAUGCAGUAUUUAGUGACACUGCAGACAGGAAUUCACUGGCACCAGAGGGAGGAGUGAAGCUAGAUUUGGAUUCAGUAUAGAUCUCUAGGGGCCCUAGCCCACAGUACCAUGCGUCAGGGACUUAGGGCAAAUAAACAGUGCUUCUCCAUUGUGGUUGAAUGAAAAAUGCAGAAUGUGACGAAAUCCACUGUGGGAUGGAAAAACUCAAUCUCUCAACCUUAUAUGGAAUAAAUUGACUUCGUGCAGUUUUAUCCGGUACUACUUUAUGCUUUAAGAGAUGCUGCCAGUGAUGGGAAAUCAAAAUCAACCAGGAUGUUGCUAUUCAUGUGUUUUUAAAAUCUAUUGUGUACAAAAAAGCCCUCUUAUGCAAAAAUACCCAGAACUGUUACGGGACAUUUUAGCAUAUCAGGUGACAUACAGUAUGUACAGUAGCUGUUGUAUGUUUCAAAUACACAUGACCUACAUUGAUGCCUGUGCUUAUCAGAAGAGGGGAAUGCAAAUGUCAUUUCACUUCCUGUGUCAGAUGUGUCAGAGAUUAUACUGCCUUUUGCAUCCGUACAAUCUAACAAAUCCCUUAGACGUGGCAAAUAAUGUUUUCAAAAUUCUGAAUAAAAUGACGAGUGUUCCAUAUCAGGAGGCAUUGUGCAGGCUGAAAUUAGAGCAGGAGACAUUCCACAAGCAGGUGUGUGGUCACCUGGUGCUCACUGUCAGCUGGGAGGCUCUGCCUUAAGUCUCUCUUCAUCUCUACAAAUCCUCUCUUCAGACAGCUAUACUGUGUGUGCUAUGCUCUCCUAAACUCUCCUUUCAAUUGUCACUUUCUGUCUGUGACCUCUCUCAAAGUGCCUUAAAACAAGCUAAUGGUUGAGGAAAUUGAGUUUCACCCAUAGGAGGGAAAAGCUGUGCCAAAGGGAACUUUUUUGGAUUCAUACACUGGGUACCUUACAUCCAGCAGGGCUUAAUGAUGAUUUUGACAUGAGGGUCAUGUUUCAAUCUGAUUUCCACGAUCCCUGGCUAUGUGGUUCUUGUAAUUUAUGACAGUUCUUUAAUCCGUUACCCCCUUACUAUGCUGAACAAAAACAAACGCAAUAUGUAAAGUGUUGGUCCCAUGUUUCAUGAGCUGAAAUAAAAGAUCCCCAACAUUUUCUA